ACACUAACUCUUAACGUGGUGACUCUUGAGUAUUUGAUGCGCUUGAAAUCAACAUAAUGAGACAGCGCCACCUGCUGGACACAUAGGGUCUUCAAUUUUUAUGUACCUGUCAGGUAUAAAAGACUAUCUAUCUAUCUAUCUAUCUAUCUAUCUAUCUAUCUAUCUAUCUAUCUAUCUAUCUAUCUAUCUAUCUAUCUAUCUAUCAGGCAACAUGGGCGAUUAAUGGAGUUCAGCUCGCCCUCGGACGUCAAAAUAUGCGUUUUUACGCAGAUUAAUAAAUCAAGGGGGCACAUUCAAAAUAUAACUUAGUGAAAGCUUCCUGAGCAAACGGCGCGAGGAAGUGUUUUGCAAGAUUGACGUGGCUCCGCGGUGACAACUGGCCUGUUUUUACACCUUCCCUCUAAAUAAGGAAGCGGCCCGUGGGGCAUAUGACCGCUGGUCCAAUUUGGGAGCUGCCAACGAAGCCCAUCAUCAUCACGCCCCAUGUUCUCUCGCGCUCACUGUCCCCGGGGCCGAUCGCGUGGAUUGACAGCGAUUGGGUUUUGGCGUUCAAACUGACCCCCGGCGGCGAGGUCAGCGUGAUGUCAUCCUGAAGGUGAGUGAUGUCAUACAGAAGAUCUCCCAGGCAAGGUGAGCUCGAAUUUUGGUGAGUGUGUGGUGCUCCCCGUCCAGAGAGGUGAAACAUGGUAAUCAUCAUAACCGCCACCGCCACCAGCUCAAGCUCUGCCGCUCUGCUCUUCUCAUCUACCGAGGGGCUUAUUGCGUUACACGCUCGCAGCCCCGACCUGCCUUCCAAAAAUAAGCCCUUGCCACCAUGCCGAAAGAAGAAAAACAAGAGUUGUAUUUUUAGGGGCUUUAAUUUUGACCACGUGCCCCGAGGGUAAACCGGAUGGCCACUGCGCAAAGGUUCUUCAUCAGUAUGUGCGAGAGCAGCGGGCGCUGGACGUGGACUGCGGUUGUUCUGCUGGGCUUUCUGCUUGGGAUCGUGUCCUCCUACCCCAUCUCGAACAGGACUAAUGCAACUCCACUGGAGAAAAGGUGGGAGAGGCUCUUUUCCCGCUCCGUUUUGGGGAUCUCGGUGGAGAAAUCGGACCUGAACUGGGAGAAUGACUAUUUGCUGGGCAUUAAGAGAGUGCGGAGGCUGUACUGCAAUGUGGGCAUCGGGUUUCACCUGCAGGUCCUGCCAGACGGAAGGAUAAACGGUGUCCAUAAUGAGAACCAGUACAGUCUCAUAGAAAUCUCAGCGGUAGAGAGAGGAGUGGUUAGUCUAUACGGCGUGAGAAGCAAGCUAUUUGUCGCAAUGAGCAGCCACGGAAGGUUAUAUGGAACGAGGGCCUUCCGUGAUGAGUGCAAGUUCAAGGAGACACUGCUGCCCAACAAUUACAACGCAUAUGAGUCUUCCAUUUACAAGGGCUUUUAUAUCGCCCUCAGCAAACACGGCCGCUUGAAGCGAGGCUACAAGGCUUCCCCAGCAAUGACUGUCACACAUUUCCUCCCACGUUUAUGAGCAAACCUGGCAAUAACACAAUGAUUUGCACAUGCUGGAUGUUCUCGUAGGUAACCCGAACAUGCUAAGAGGUGAACUGCAAUGAACUAAAAUAACACUUACAGUAUUUAUUCUCGUUGAAAUAAUAAUAAUAUAUGUAUAUUUCGGUAGCUUACUUUGUGUCUGAACUUUGUGUACAUGCCAUUCUUUGCUGCUUAUGAUUUCUAUUAUGAAUAUUAUGAGAGUCAAGGAGCUUUUUUUGCUCUCACUUUUUAUGGGUGCUUGCCAUAACUGGUGUAAACCUUACCCGGCAUUGGACUAACAUCCUUAGCUUUUACAGUGAAAUGGAUACUUUUUAUUACCUCAAAGAGCCACGUCCGCAUUGAAAAAAGUUAUGGAGGGUAAAAGAAAUAUCAGUUUACUCUGAUCUUCAUCUGUUCCACCAUUUUUGAAAGCACUUAUUUUCAUGAUUAGGUGGUGCCUUAGCCUCUGCUAUUUUGCCUCCUUUUAUGCAUGCAAGAAAGAGGUUUUUGUUCCAUAUUUAGAUUAAUAACCAAAUAGUCGUCAUUAAAAACCGAUUGCAUGCAUCCUUAUUGGGAGUUAACUCAGAGAGGGCUAUUUUACACCUCAAGUAAGUUCAGAAUUUGACUGAAAGUCUGUGGACGGCUAGUCCUGAAAGGUUUGGGUGCUUCCAUUUGAAUGAAUACUUAUCAAGCUUGUGAAAUGCAUUAACCUUGAAUUAUGUGGCACGAUUAUAUGAUAGCAUAGCUAUUGCUUAGUGAUAAGAAAACCGCUGAUUUGAUUGAUCAGAUUUAAUAUAGCGUGUGAUUAUGUCCUUUUUUAAUCAUAUGUAUUUAUAUUAGUCAUUGGUGUCUAUGUUUUACCUCUACAGUCAGUGAGGGUUUAUUCACUAACAUGUUGACUGCAUACUUGAACUCCUCCUCAGAAAGUCUUUGGAAUGUAAAAACCUAUACAACCGUCUUAAUCUGUUCGAGAUAACAUCAUUUGCGCAUUACUUUAUGUUUGAAUACAAGCAUAGACCCGAGCACCUGUGCACACUCUUAAGUUCCCAAGUCAAUUGACUUUGUCUAGAGAAUUUGCUUUAAGUCGCACUUGAAAUUGAAUUGAACUCUGAUAUUUGGAGAUAUUCCCCUUCCCUUGCCCCACUAUUUUAAAAUAUACAAUUACAGGAAUAGUUCACCCAAAAAUGUAAAUAAAAUAAAAAAUGUGGAGAAAUUUAGCAUUACUUUAGGCUACUUGUUCACCAAUGGAUCCUCUGCAGUGAAUGGGUGCCGUCAGAUUGAGUCCAAACAGCUUUAAAAGAAAUCAAAAUAAUCUGUGUGGAUUACUUGUAGAUUAUUGUGAUGACCACAAAACUGAUCAGAUGUUUGGACUCUUAUUCUGACGGCACCCAUUCACUGCAGAGGAUCUAUUAGUGAGCAAGUUAUAUAAUUAGAAAUUUCUCCAAAUCUGUUCCAAUAAAGAAACAAACUCAUCUACAUCUUGGAUGUUCUGAGGGUGAGUACAUUUCAAGUAAAUUUGAAUUUUUGGGGUAAACUUCUUUAAAGGAAUGAACUCCUUUAAAUUCAAAUAAUAACUAAUUUAUUAUUAGCAUAUUCAGUUAAAGUCUGAGGCUCUCAUUUUCCAUCUUCUCUUUACUUGUGGUUGCUGCUCACACUGCAACAAUCAAGAUUUGUUUUUCUUUGAUACUAUACCCUUAAAACAAGUGCAAAACACGUCGUGUUCGAACACGUGUUGCAUUUCUGACGUAGCUGCAAUGUGCAGGAAAGAAUGAAAGGUUUGAUAAUCACUGCAGGACUAAGAACAUACUGACCUUGAUUUCUCUUGCAUCACUGCUUCUACUUGACAUUUUGAGACAUCUUAAUGAUACGAAGGAGAAGGAUGUUAUUUUUAUAACAGUUAUGGCUGGGAUGUUUGAGCCAGGUACACGGAUAUUUAGAUUAUAUACAAUAUGCUCAUGGAGUGUGUUUGUGACUUUUUUUCUCAAAGGUAUAUUUCACCCAAACAAAAUGGAUUACUCACCCUUAUCUUGAUCCAAACCUGCAUGACAUUUUGUCUUCUGUGAAAUGUAAAAGAAGGUAUUUAGAAGAAUGUUUUGGACCUCAUUGACUCAUUAUUUGGGCACUUAAGAACAGAAGUUACACAGGCUUAGAACGACAUGAGGGUGAAUAAAUAAUGACAGAAUUUUCAUUUUUGGGUGAACUGUCAAAGCAAAAUUAAAACUAUGGUCAUUUUUUUUGGUUCUGGGAAUAAAGAUUGAUUUUUAGCUGUGCUAUGUUGAAAAUAUGAACUAUAUAUUAGUACUGACGGAUAUGGAUUUAAAAUUCUUUCUAUCCCAAAUAUGGCAUGCAAUGUGAUUGCUUCAAUGAAACUGUCAAAAUGUCUGCUUUUUAUGUAUGUGAUGACUGAUGUUAAUUUAUUGAUAUGUAUCUCCACUGUACCCUGUCCUCUAUCACAUUUCUGAUCUCUUUGAACUUAGAUGAAAUGAAUAGAAUUUUGCAUGGUUUUUAAUGCAAAAUGAUACAGAAAUGUGCAUCUAGAAGUUAAGCCCUCUAAACUAAGUGCUUAUACAGAAACAGCUAUUUCUCAUGUUAGCUCCACCGGUUUCUUUGUACUGUACUUUGUCUCCAGCUUUGAAAUGGCCCCAUUUGUGGCUUGUGAGAUGAUUGUAAGGGGUGGUGCAUGUUUGUGUGUCCUUGUACGUAUGCAGCCUUUGUGUUUUCUCAGUUUUGUAUUCCUGCACUGAGGGGCAGACGCCCCCUCCAAAUUCCCCUCCUAUUUUCUAACAUAUACCUCACCUUCUGCCUUAGUUCCAAUUUGUUGAAAUGAUUGUAAGAUAUGUUGGAGACAACAAGCUUUUUGCAAAUCGUAUUGUUCUCUGAAAAAAAAAAGAAAAAAUGAGUAAUAAUUCUAGUAUAUUAAGAAAAUGUUUCCUUUUAUUUUUAUACGUAUGUGCUGUGCACAACAGCCAACUGUAUUACUGAAAUGAAAAUAAAAGGUUGUUUUUUAGCCUCUGUGUUUUUGUAUUAUACUUUAAUCAUAAUUAAAACAUUUUUUUAUUUAAACAGGUCUGAAAUAUUUAGUAGGGGGUUAGAAAUAUGGAUAGAAUUAGUUGGGUUAGCGCCCCCUCAUGUGGUCAAAAUCAGAAAUGCAAGUUUUUGAAUAAAAUAACCAUCCUGUAUCUUUUACAUUUUAUUUCACAUACCUUUAAAUAAUUAGACCUACAAAUAGCCAGCCAAAUAAAUAAAUAGGCCUACGUUACAUUUUAUCUUGUAAGGCUGUAACAUUUACUUAAAAAUAUAAAAUAUCUUAAAUAUAAGAUAUAUAAGCUAAAAAAAAAGCAGAUAUUGGUCAAAAUGGAAAUAAUUAAUUAAUUAAAAACAGCAUGAAUGAAUGAAUGAAUGACAACGCACAUUAGAUAUACAGCCAUUUCAGAUAUUUUUUUCAAAGUGAAUAGCAUAAUAUGGGUUAUAUUUUCCUAUAAAAAUAAAGAUAAACACGUAUGCACAAAAGAAAGCAUUGAAGAGGUGAGAAAUGACAAUUACGCUAAUGGUGCAAAAUAUUAAGUAGCACAAGUUGAAACUUCAGAAUUUGUCCCUUCAAAACUAGGUUAACUUAUGUAAAGCUGGUGAACCCGACCCCGGGUUACAACUGCCAAGCUGAUCUUGGUCUGCAAACAUGACCGUUGAACUAAUUUCCCCCAAUUAUAUAAACUAGCAGUGAAUUGCCCAAUGUAUGCUGAGCUCUUGCCUGAAUCAGUCUGAUCAUGCACACAGUCCCUCUUCUCUGUCUGGCUGCUCUCACCUCUGCACUUAUAACUUGUCAUCCUAUACAAAAAGAAACAAUGCAAACAGAUUUAACAAGAGAAAAUCUGAGCAAUAUGGAGACCAUGAUCGGUACAUACGGAUAUUUCCUGAUGAUGAAAUUUAGUAAAAGACUGAGGAAAGCCAUUUAUCAUGAGACCAAAGAAGCUGAUUUACUGAAGAAAAGCAAGGACUGCUUCUUACUACUUCAUAUUAAAA